GUUAUUACUCGUACUGUUCCCUGAAGUCGUACACAUACUGUCGAGACGAAGAAUUGUGUGUGGAAGAAAGGCUCAUAAAAAUAUUUAGUCAGCCUCAAACAGCAGCAGACCUCCAGCAGCAACAGCAAAAUACAAGCAACAUCUCCUUUCACAUUCGUCAAGAUGCCAAGAUAUCAGGAUAAAUUUGAAAACGUAUUGGUACCGUUCCUCGGAAACAGUAAAGCAAUGAAGGAUACGGCAAGAGAGAGUUUCGGUCAGGCCAUGAAGGCUCAUAAAGAUGUGAAGGUCAUUCAGGAAAGGCGUGCCAGAUUUGUGACUGGUUUCUCAAUUGUGGGAGCAUUGCUGGGCGGGAAUGUUGGAUGUAUGGUCGCGGGACUCUCUGUUACUAUCGUAUCUUUCCUGGUGAGCCUGCGGGAUUCACCAUACCACGAAAUUAUCGAAACAUUGAAUGCUUUGGGAUACAAAGAGAAAGAACAGCUCAUCAACGAACUUGAACGCUUGCUCCAAUGCGAAGGAUGCAGCAAGGACAAGUUCUCGGCGAGGUUGUAUUCUGCAGAGAAAAUUCCUAAAGGACGGGAAAAAAUAUGGAAGCUGUGUUUGGAGUCCCUAUCUUACUAUUUCACUCAGUCGGAAAGUGAGUCGGAAAGUGAGUGGGAAAGUGAGUGAGAAAGGUAACAAAAAUUAGCUAUAGUUUAAAUAUAUUAGGAUAUAAAAUUUAUCUCAUUUG